AUCACGGCUAGGACACUUUGCCGUCCUGUUUUACAGCUCUGCAGCCCAUAUUUGGAAGAUCCUGAAGAGCAUCUUCUCUCUCUAUUGCUUACCAGUUGCCAUGAUCCUCCUCCCAGCCCUUCCCUUAGCUGGGCCCCAGCCCCCCAGGCUUCAAGCCUUUCCUCAGGCCUUCCACCCUGCUUUGCCCAACCCUACUCCCAGGCUAAGUUCCUGAGCACUGAGUGGACCAGGGUUUAGAAGUCGUUCCUUAUUUCCACUCACCAAGUUGCCCACCAGGCCCGGCUUCCCACCCCGUGGUCACUGAGAGGCCCAUGUGACUGUCUAGGCAGAUGUUUCCUGCCCUUAGGGGAAUGCUGUGUCACUGCCCACACCAGCCCAGAGCUGACAACUCUCUGCCCAGCCAUGGGCUUCAACCUGCUCCUGCCGCUACUCCUGGUACUAGCAGGCCAGGGCUCAGCUGACAGCCUUCCUGAAGUGUUAAAAGUGCCUGUGGGGGCCUCCAUUCUGGUGCAGUGCCACUACCGACUCCAGGAUGUCAAGGCUCAGAAGGUGUGGUGCCGGUUCUUGCCUGAGGGGUGCCAAACCCUAGCAUCUUCGGCGGUGGAUCGCAGAGCCCCCGAGAGCAGGCGCACGUUUCUCACUGACAUGGGUGGGGGCCUGCUCCAGGUGGAAAUGGUAACCCUGCAGGAGGAAGAUGCUGGGGAGUACGGCUGCGUGGUGCAGGGAGCCACAGGGCCCCAGACCGUGCACAGAGUGGCUCUGCAGGUGAUCUCACCAGAUCCUGACCUGAAGACUGAUGGGACCGGCAGUCUGGCUGACCCUGAAGGCAGCGUUAGCCCUCUGGAACCCAGCCAGGAUGAGAAAAGCAUCCCAUUGAUCUGGGGUGCUGUGCUCCUACUGGGCCUGCUGGUGGCAGCGGCGGUGCUGUUUGCUGUGAUGGCCAAAAGGAAAGGGAACAGGCUUGAUGCUUCUGGCCGAUUCCAGAGUAGCAGAGUUUCAGGAAUGGACUCCUCCUCAGUGGGCCACCACGUUAGUGGUUCUGGACUGGCUGCUGAUUUGCCAUCGGAUGUACCAUAUGCUAGGCUCAACUCACCACUCUCCUUUGACAAUACCACCUACACCAGCCUACCUCUUGAUCCCUCAUCAGAGAAACCCCCACCCUCACUCCCAACCUCAUCAACCCCUCUGCCUCCUAAGGUUCUGAGCUGCUCUGAGUCUGUGACAUAUGCCACAGCUGUCUUUCCCAGAGGGAACAAGGGGGGAGGGGCCUCCUGUGAGCCAGUCCAGGAUCCACCUAAUAGCCAGACUCCAGCCAGCUAAGCUGCUCACAGAGACCAUCCCUGGGGGUUCUGUGCAUGCAUCCAUAGAGCUCAUGCCUUACAUCCUUAGGAUAUCAGAGCUCCUAGGGACUUUAGGAUCUAAUCUGAUGUCCUGACUUUACUGAUCAGGAAAGUAAUGCUCAGAUAUAACUGGGGUGUCUUGGGAAAGUGUCCCCAUGCUGGUUCCUCUACAAUUACAACACUGGCUAAAUAAACCUUAAAUGAUGA